GUCUCAAAGAGCAGAGUCCUCAAAUCAAAAUCAAAAUGAAAUUCGUCAUUGUUUUCGCUGCUCUCUUCGCUGUUGCUUUCGCCGCUCCCGGUGGUGAUGGUGAUGCCCAAGUUUUGCGUUUCGACUCUGACGUGCAGCCCAAUGGAUUCAACUACGCAUACGAGACCAGCAACGGUAUUAACGAACAAGCUCAAGCUAAGCUCUUGAACGAAGGCUCAGAUGCCGAAGCCAUCUCUGUCCAAGGCUCAUACUCUUUCGUCGGUGAUGAUGGUCAAACCUACACCGUCAACUACAUCGCUGAUGAGAACGGUUUCCAACCCCAAGGUGCUCAUUUGCCCGUUGCCCCAGAAGCUUAAGUUGCUAAAUAUUUAAAACCAAUUGUUUAAUUUUUUUUUACAAAUCCGUACAAAUUCCCAAAAUUAUUGUUUUUCCCUUCCUUGUAAUCCUGAUCCUAGUCGUCCUACCCUAACAACUGCCCUGAUUGCAAUUAACAAGGUGUUGUUAUUGUUAAACGCUAUGGGGUCAGUGUGAUCAGUUGUUAGUCCUUAGAGUAAGCUACCAAAACAAAAAACAAGAGUAAAGA